AUGAACAAGAUCCAGAAGGGAGAUACGACCUCGACUCUACAAGCGUCAUGGCCUUCUAUUGUGUCUACAACGCAACCCCCUUUCGCGAGUUCUAAGCCGAACUCUCCUCGUCCGUUGCCUCUUUCGUUAAUAGACCCGCUUGCGCAGGACCUAGACUAUCGAUCGAGGAGAUAUCUGGACUAUUUUGCAACUGAUGUUUGCAGGGACCUCGUUGUCUAUGAUAUCCCCAACCAUAAUCCAUUCCACGACCUGAUCCCGAUGGCAUACCAGCACCCCAUUUUGUUGCAGGCGAUCAUCGCCAGUUCAGCUUUGCACAUGUCAAACGCAUGUCAACGGUCAUCAAGGUCUUCGAGUAUUUCUACAACAAUGACCUCGACUCAGAGCAGUACAAGCUCUCUAUCGAUGGGUCCAUCUAUGACAUCUCGCCCAGAGACUUUCCAUGACGCACUCAAGGCCAAGCAACAGGCACUUUGUCUGCUAAAAUCAACUCUCAAAGACAUAGCUUCAGCAGAUGUUGAUGUGAUUCUCGCGGUGGUCCUUUUCCUCAUUGGGUUUGAGCUCAUUGACUCUGGGCGAGGCAGCUGGAUGUUUCACAUCAAUGGUGCGAGACCAAUCAUUGAGAAGCUGAUGGCGUCCGGCCUAGGCACGGAGACUGCUUUGAGCCCGCUUCGUAGCUGGUUGAUGUCAAAUUGCUUGGUGUAUGAUCUUCUUGGGUCAUCAUUCGCAAAUUCUUAUCUACCACACAGUGGUGGGCUAUCGAUGAGUGCCAUGUCACUGCUUCAAGAUGCAGAAGGAAACCAUUGCUCGUCAUUUCCGGCAGCCCUCCUUGCUUUGAUACAGACAGGCGCCCAACUAUUAAAGACGAAGGACGUUUCCACCUCUCCGGAUGCCUUGAUGAAUUUAGCACAGCAGGAUGCGCUUCGUCUCUUACACGCUGCCAAGUCAUUCGACCCAGCUGUCUGGGCCAUUGAUUUACAGCCACGCUCACCGGCUGACGAUCCCCUCCAUCGGACUAUAAUUGCCUCUGCACACAGAGCAGCUGUAUGCAUCUAUCUCUCACGGAUCGCUCUUGCUCUAUGGCCGAGCACAUUAUUACCAGAUGAUCUGGAAAUCCUAGCAGCCGAAAUCAUCACCCACCUUUCAAAUGUACGCCCUGGUGAUGCAUUAUUCACAGCAACAGCGUGGCCAGCUUUCAUUGCUGGCCUGGAAACGGUUGACCCUAUGAAACGUGCUUGGGUAGUGAAAAGGUUCCAAGAGCUCUGGGAAAUGGAGCCUUGGGGGCUUACCAGAGGAGCUCUCGAAGCGUUGAGGACAAUAUGGGAUGGGAGGAAUAAUGAGGAUGCCUUGGCGGGCAGCAUUGACCGACUCCACGAACAGGAAGAGAACUGGAAUUGGAUCGAGAAGCUAAAGAAUAUGGGCACCGACUGGUUAAUUGCAUGA